GACCCACAGCCUAAUGGAAGAGAAAAGAGAGAAGGAUACAUAUCUCGGCGCGAGUCGUGAUCGGCGUUCUAGGGUCCGAUCGGGGCAAACCGGUGGCCGUAGAAUGAUCACAUUUGCGCGUGGAAAUCCGAAUAACUAGAGCAGAGCAGGAGGGUGCGAUAUCCGAGAGUUGCUGUCGCGGAGGUCCUCCGUACUACGAGAUCUCGGGUGCGUGUCAACACAGGGGGGACACAUUCUGUGUACAGUCGAUCGCAACGCGUUUCGCACAUUUGGCGGCAUAUUCCGAUUCCGAAUCGGUGACGGUUUACAGUAUAUAAGAGACUAGAGGGCUAGGCCGAGCCAUCAGUAGUAAUUUUAGGUCGCUCUAUGUCAAUGUAGAGCUUUUAAUUUUUUUUCUCUCGGGCGUUUCUUGCGAAUAUCCUGUUUCGGGUUCUAGCCGGGAGUUCCAGUUGUGUUCUAUUUGUCGUACGUGCGUAGUGAUCCAAUUUUCUGCUGAAAUUUUGGUGAUUUAUUAAAAAACUUCAAAAUGAAGUUUUUCGCUGCAAUCUUGAUUGUGGCCUUAGCAGCGUCUAGUUUAGGGAACCCUGCUCCAGACUGUCCGCCCGGAGGACACGGUUACUCUUAUCCAGCACCCGAAGUACAACUAUCCAUAGGCAAAGCAAUCAAUUCAGUCAGCGUAACACCGGGUUUUUCCUCGUAUUCAGUGGAUGGAGCCGUCAAGUAUGCAUCCGUUGGACCUUCGUACAGUUCGUACGAAGCAUCGCCAGCCUAUUCCGCAUACGGAAGUGAUUCCGGGCUGAAACUCUCGAGCUAUGUUCCGGCCGUAAAGACCGUAUCGGCAUCACCGGGAAUUGUGUAUGCAGGCAAAUCACCAGCCGCCUCGUUUGCCUCGGUGCUACCUGCUACCAAGCUGUUUUCGGCUGCACCUGCCAUUGUUUCCAAAGAAUAUUUACCACCUGUGAAGACAGUGGUAUCCGCUGGCCCAUCCUAUUCAUCGUACGAUGCUAGCCCAGCUAUUUCAGCUUAUUCCGCAACGCCCGCAAUAUCUUCUUAUAUUUCAACACCAGCCGUUAGUAAGAUCGUAAGUUCUCCCGCUUACAGUUAUGCAUCUGCUGCACCGAUCGCAAAGGUUGCCACAUAUUCAGCACCCGUGGCCUACGCUGCUCCUGCCGUAGGUUAUGCUAAGGUGGCAGCUCCUGCUGUAUCGUACGGUGCCUAUGCUCCAGCUGCUAAAAUCGCCAUUUCUGCUCCAUCCUUGUCCUAUGCCGCAUACGCUCCCGCUGCCAAAGUAGCAACAUAUGCCGCACCUGCUGUAAGCUACGCAUCUCCAGUUGCUAAAGUAGCCGUAGCUGCACCAGCUGUUUCCUAUGCUGCCUACGCCCCAGUCACAAAAACGGCCAGCUACGCAGCUCCAGUUUCUUACGCAUCCUAUGCGCCUGCCGCCAAGGUAGCAACAUAUGCCGCACCUGCCAUUAGCUAUGCUGCUCCUGUUGCUAAAGUUGCCGUAGGUGCUCCUGCUGUAUCCUACGCUUCGUACGCCCCAGUAACCAAAACGGCCAGCUAUGCUGCACCAAUAUCCUACACAUCAUACGCUCCUGCUGCUAAAGUAGCAACAUAUGCCACACCAGCUGUAAGCUAUGCAGCUCCUGUCGCUAAAGUUGCCGUAGCUGCUCCGGCUGUUUCUUAUGCAUCAUACGCUCCAGCUGCAAAAAUAGCCUCGUACGCUGCACCAGCUGCCUAUGCAUCGUACGCUCCCGUAGCUAAAGUUGCUUACGCAGCUCCAGCAUCUUACGCAACCUCGUAUGCAACUAGCUCGAAAGUUGCCUACGCUGCUCCUGUGGCGAAAGUUGCAUCGUACGCCUCUCCGGUAGCAUAUGCUAGUUAUGCACCAAAGGUAGCAUACGCUGCUCCGGCCGUAUCUUAUGCUGCCGCUGCUCCUGCCAUAUCAAAAUACGUUUCUACUCCAGCCGUGUCUUCAUACUACGCAACACCAGCUAUUGCGAAAUAUACUGCCGGUCCGGCCAUAUCAAGUUCUUAUGUAUCGGCACCAGCCGUCACCAAAUACGCUCCAUAUUCGGCUCACGCAUACGCACCAGCUGUUUCGAAGUACGUGUCAUCCCCAGCAUACUCCGCAUACUCAGCAACACCAGCCGUUUCGUCUUACUACUCUUCGCCUGCCGUAUCUAAGGUAGUAUCCGGUCCAGCAUACUCAUCGUACAUCGCGGCUCCAGCCGUCGCAAAGGUGACCGCCGUUCCUGCUGUCUCGACAUCAUACGUUUCACCAGCUGUCUCGUCGGCUUAUGUCACACCAGCCAUCGCUAAAGUUGCUGCAACUCCUGCAAUCUCAACUGCCUACGUGUCGGGACCGGCUGUUAGCAAAUAUGUAACAGGUCCCUCUUAUGCGGCAUACAGUUCUGGUCCAGCCAUCGCCAAGUAUGCCGUUAGUCCAGCCGUUUCUGCCUACAGUUCUGGAGCCGGUUAUUCUAAAAUAGUUGCAGGACCUGCCUAUUCCACCUAUCACAGUAGUCCGGCUAUCUCCAAGGUAAUCAGCACUCCGGCAGUGGCUGCCUACAGUGCUGGUCCGGUCUACUCAGCCUACUCAGUUGCACCCACCGUCGCUAAGUACGCUGCUGGUCCGGCUUACGCCACUUACGCCUCUUCCGGUGCUGAUGUUCGUUAUGCAGCUGCUAUUCCUGCCAUUUCUACAAGUUACGCGGCUGCACCAGUCUCAACAAUUGUGAAGUCUGCAGUACCCGCUACAAUCGUGAAGACAGUCGCCGAGAAACAUCUCGAAUACUAUGAUGAUCAUCCACGAUACGCUUUCGAAUAUGGAGUCAAUGAUCCUCUGACCGGCGAUCACAAACACCAGAAGGAGGAACGUGACGGUGAUGUCGUGCGGGGUCAGUACUCCCUGGUUGAACCGGAUGGCAAUGUGCGUACGGUCGAUUACUACGCCGAUUGGGCCACCGGAUUCCAUGCCACCGUGACCAACAGCAGGGAUCAGGUCCACGCGACUAAAGUACUGGGAAAACGUGCCGUUGUUAAAGCGUAAAGUUUCAGGCGUUGAAAAUUCUGCCACCUAAUUGACCCACGACGAAACUGUGUAUAAAUGUGUUUAGUUAUUAGACUGUAAGUACCGAUGAAAAGUGCCCACGCAAAUUAUUUAUUGAUCAAAGCAAAACGCCACCUGCGAGAGAGGGAGGAAGUUUCUAAACGAGCCUUCUGUUCAAAUAUUUGUUGUUUUAUUAGUCACGAUCUUCCAUUCCGUCCUGUAUUUCUUGUAUAUACUAAUUUUAAUCAAACGUUAAUCAUCACUAAAACUGCUCCUACUCCAUCUCCCUUCUUACAUUUUCCUCACUUUUCUGUUUUCUGUCAUUCUAUGAAAAUCGAAGUUUGUAAAACGAAAUGCCAGCAAGAGUAACGAAUAGGAAGCAUUUGACUCAUUCAAAGGAAAACGCAUGAUUUCAAUGUGAUAAACGUGUCAUAAAAUAUUAUUUGUAUUUGCCUAAAAGAAAGAAAAAAUAUAUAAAAACACGAAAAAAAAAGCCUAA